AGCAAUCUGCGUUUCACUUUCCCAUUUCUAACUUUAGAACCCUAAUUCCGAAGUCUCUCUCCCUAAAAAUCCAAAAUCAUGGAAGUUAAUGUUCUUCCUGGAGCAGGCGUAGGACAUGUGGUUUUGUUGGUCGGUGGAGGAGCCAGAGUAACGAUUCCACCUGGCAAUGGUUUUACCAUUAUUGUCAAUCCGGUGGCCGGUGGUGCUGUGGGAGCUGCCGGUGGUGCUGUGGGAGCUGCCGGUGGUGCUAUGGGAGCUGCCGUUGCAAACGAAAACAUAGCCGCUAUCACAGCGGAUAUCGUGCAACAUUCAGUUAACAACACCCUCUCUACAACUCAGAUACUCCAUAUGCUAAGGGUUGACAACACCUUCGAAGUGCACCAAGUUUUUGUACCCGAACCUCCCGCUACAGGUCUUUUCCUUUACGCAAUGGGGAUUUCAAGAGGUUCAGACCACCACCACUACCUUAACCCCCCUCGCUACUACAGACAGCAAGUUCAGUUUGGAGCUGCAGUCGUGGUGAUGAGGCACCGUCGCAGAGUGGCGGCUCAUCCGGAACAUGUUCCAUUUGAAACCGUGGUCUGCAGGCGCUACUUGAUAAACGGCGAUCCACGGUUUUUGCUUCAUUACCUCCAAGAGGAUGAGGAUAACGCAUUUGAAGAGGAGCCAGCACCGGCCAACCCAAUUCAACCGGUGGUGCAACUCCUCCUAUAGCCAGCUCUGUCAUCAAGUGGAGGAUCUUCAUGAGAGGGAGCUUAUGUUGAAUAUGGAGUUUCUCAGGCUCAAACUACUCCAAGAAUCUGCUACGUUAUCCCGUUUCUAUAAUCUAACGGAGAUCAGUGUGAAGAAAAAUAUUAUCACCCAGCCUCGGCUCCUUAAGCCUACUAAACUCGGCCUAAGGUCUCACUCUUUAUAUGAUAUAAUAUAAACACAAAAUCUCACUCUUGUUCAAGGCUAUGAUAUAAACAUAAAAUCUCUUGUUCCAUAAUGUAAACACAAAAUCUCUUUAUACGAUAAGACAAUCAAAGUCUCACUCUUGUUCUAAACUAUGAUACAAGAAAAAUAGAAAGAGCUUUAUUGUUUA